AUGGCAAGAAUCUGGAUCAUUCAGAGCCGCGCAGACUUGAGAAGUGUAGACCAACUUUUUGAAGCAGACGACGAGUUAUACUGGUUGAUUUGCUUUCAAUGCAGUCAGGUCGUGGAAAAAGCACUAAAGGGGGCCAUGUAUGCUGUUUGUGGAUUGACACAGGACCAGCUCAUGAGCCAUGAUUUGAUAUGGCUUGCAAGUGAACUGAAAAAUGCUCCAAAUGGACCGGAUGUCCUAUUUUUGUCGGGAGAACUUCGGAAUUACCAUGUCCCUACACGAUAUCCAGGCAAACGUUCUCCAACCAGACCUCCAAAGGACGUCUUUUCCUUGCAACAAGCACAAAGAGCGCGUGAAAUAGCGAGAAGAGUAUUGCAGAUCUUGGAAGAGUUCAUUGGCAGGUCUUAUGGGCAGCGAGUGCCUCCACUGACUAGUGUUAUAAAGAGUAUAUUGGAGAGGUACCCUGAUGGAGGACAAAUACUCAAGGAGAUAAUCCAGAAUGCAGACGAUGCAUCCGCGACGAGUAUCUCAUUCCUCUUGGACUCUCGUGCCAAUCCUUACGGAAAAUCCUCCCUUUACAAUGAAGAACUUGCUAAGUUCCAGGGCCCCGCACUCUACUCAUUCAACAACGCUCUGUUCAAAGAGGAAGACUGGGACGGACUACAGAGCCUCAUGGAUAAGMRUGCMSWYUKUMUWUAUWWAUUUUYAGAUUUACCAAGCGUUGUGAGCGGAGACCUUUUAGCUUUCUUGGACCCACAUGAAGUAUACUUUGGAAAGAAAGAAACAGGCCRACAAUUCGAUCUACAAGAGCCACUUAUWGAACAAUAYGAAGAUCAGUUUUCCCCGUUUGAAGAUAUCCUUGGUUGCAAAAUAUCCUCACAGCACGUGAACGGCACCCUUUUCCGCUUUCCAUURAGGACUGAAGCCUCURAGCUWUCACAGAAGCCUUAUACUACAGAAAAAGUGCGAUAUCUAUUUSAGUCGYUAAAAGAAGAGGCGUCGUURAUUCUUCUCUUCCUGAAGAACAUUGAGGAAAUAAAUCUUUACGAAACAGACGAGAAUCAAARAGAAAAGCUUGUUUUUAGGGUUCGACUUCACGAUUGUUGUCGCAAARGAGUUCGAGAWCRAAGGCAAAAUUUGCUGCGUCAAGUUCCUGACUGGGAAAGUGGACGCCAAAGAGUGUUACAGCUUGAUCUUGAAAUGGURAUCGAGWUUUUUGACACGGCUACCGGGACGAGACAAGAMARRUGGAUAACYCAUAAUCGCAUAGGCGACAAGCAAGCAAAAAUGCGAGAAAGGGCCCAMAAUUUGCAUUUGCUUCCUUGGGUUGGUUUUGCUGCGCCAMUUUCURUCGCUGGAGGAAGCAGCAUUGGGAGUAAUGGCGGGAGAAUAUUUUGCUUUCUGCCGCUCCCUCCCGACGCAGAUGCCAAAACAGGGUACCCAGUCCAUAUCCAUGGCUACUUUGGGCUUACUGACAACCGUCGUGGUCUCAAAUGGCCUGGGCCAGAAUGUCAGAACGAUGACAUGGCUGAAUGGAAUGUUGACCUCAUGAAGUACGUCGGGUGCCAAGCUUAUGCUAGCUUACUUCAAUCCAUGACAACCUGUCUACCUGAUUCUCCUGAUAUGAUAAACAUUUUCUACCAGUGUUGGCCUGACAAGCAAUAUGUGAAUAAACACUGGAAAGACAUCAUCAAUAACCUAUACAACCUUUUGCUGAAUGAGAGAGUCUUCUGGACAAGGUCUUCUGGAGGUCAAUGGUUGACUCUGCAGCAGRCAGUAUUGGAAAGGCUUCGUCUCGUAACCCUUCCGGCUAAUACCAAAGCAGUGGUCAAGAAGGUUCUGCAUCUUGCUAACGAACCGGUAGUGUCCUUGCCGUUACAUGUAGACGAGUACGUACGAAUGAAUGCGUCAGGCACUCGUGUUGUUACACCUACAUACUUGCGUUCUCUCCUGAAACAGAAUCGAAAGGGAUCGUGGGACAUGGAGAAAAUGAGUCGUACGGAAAGAAUCGCCAUGCUUGAAUACAUUGUCACAGACAACAAUUUUACUGAUUUUGAAGGAAUUACCUUGUUGCCAUUAGCCGAUGGACGUUUCACCACUUUUAAAGCAGGAAAACGAUGUGGUACUAAUAAUGUGGUUUACGUCGAGACCCAAGACAACAGAAUGACGCUUUUGCCGGGGAUAGAGUCAAACUUUCUUGAUCCAAACAUUAGUUGUUUAAGCAGAAUGGCAGUUGRUGCUAGUAAACUUCAUCAAUCAUGUUUUCAACUAGUCCUCUUAAAUCCACGAAAUGUUAUCAGUCUUCUGAGGCACGUCCUUCCUAAGAAUAUGUUCUUAUCAGAUCCAGUAGUGUGGAAUCCAUCACGAGGAGGCCACCCAUCAGAAUCAUGGCUCGUUCAGUUCUGGAAGUGGCUGAAUAGAACCUUUACUUACGAUUUGACCCAGCUGGAGGGUUUUCCGCUUAUCAAGUGCCCCUCAGGCCAGCACACAGCUCUUGCGAUGUUAAGAAGAAACACAAAGACCAUCAGACAAAAAAGCUACGAAACUGGUAUAUCGCUACCUCAAGAAGUCGUUAAUCUUCUAAAGAAAGCCRGUGUUGUGGUUCUUCCUGAAGUACCUCACUACAUGAUGCAACAUGCUUGUUUCUCRAUGUACGUCGCUGACGCUUCACCGGAAGGAGUUCUUAAAGUCCUUCGAAAUGUUGGCAUUCAAAGRAGCAUAGCUGCCGUGACAGCUUCAAAUGCCCAAGAAAAGCGAAACUUACGAGUACUUCUCAGUUCACUGAGAUCAAACUUGUCAAAUGAUGAAACGCAGUUCCUGAAAUCAUUGCCAAUCUUUGAAGCGAUAGAUCAAACUUCAUUCAUCGAUGCUCAGRAUAAAAYUGCCACCGCUCCGCGUGGAUUUGCMAGCCAAAUUCCYUUAAAGAUAAUGAAUGCAAGUUGUAUUUUAACUGUGGAAGACAGCGCAAGCAACCAGUUACUGAAAUUCUUAAACAUUCCUGAGAUGACGAUGGGACAGUUUCUUACCAGAGAAAUUUUCCCACAC